ACACACACACACACACACAGUCUGACAACAGCUCAGCAGGCGAGACGAUCGCGGAAACCUGAGGAGCACUUUUUCUUUUGUAACUUCUUCCCGCUUCCAUCCUUCCUCCACCUGCAUGACUGCGUGAAGACUAAAGGGACUCACUCAUGGAGAGCUCCGUUGAGGCCUCCCAGACUGGAGGCGCCUCAAAUCCCAAGCCAGUUCUGGCUCCCAAACCCCGGCUCACUCCCAAGCCCUUCUCUCUGCAGAAGACCACCGCUAUUCGCUCCAUUCAUGCUCCAAAGACAAUCCCCGCUGCACUUAAGCCAAAACCGGACCAGAGUGGAAAAUCAGAGGCUACAGCUUUGACCACCGCUGUUCAAAAACCGCCUCAACUGGCUUCCACCUUGGACCCCAAACCAAGAUCUGUUAGUGUGCCCCCCCAUACUCUACCAAAAACAACCAAAACAACUGAAGCAGACCUCCAGGAAAAGGGUGCUCUUGAUUCCAGUGCAAAAAAAUCACAUCCAGUCUCACAAAUCACUCCAUCUAAGGAGACACCCAAAUCUGAGCCAGUCCAGACAGACGAUGUCGUCCAAACGAACCACAAAGAAUCUGUAGAUAUUGUAACUAAACCAGCUUCCGCCUCAGACCCCAAACCAAGCUCUGAGAGUACGCCCCCCCAAACUCUACCAAAAACAACCAAAUCAACUAAAACAGGCUUAGAGGAAGAGGGUACUCUUGAUUCCAGUGCAAAAAAAUCAGAUCCAGUCUCACAAACCACUCCAUCUAAGGAGACACCCAAAUCUGAGCCGGUCCAGACAGACGAUGUCGUCCAAACAAACCACAAAGACUCUGUCGAUACUGUAACUAAACCAACUUCCGCCUCAGACCCCAAACCGAGCUCUGAGAGUGCACCCCCCAAAACUCUACCAAAAACAACCAAAGUAAGUGAAGCAGGCCUCCGAGAAGAGGAUACUCUUGAUUCCAGUGCAGAAAAAUCAGAUCCAGUCUCACAAACCACUCACAAGCCGACACCCAAACCUGAGCCAGUCCAGAAAGACAAUGUCCUCCAAACGAACCACAAAGCAUCUGCAGAUAUCGUCACUAACUCAGAGCAGACAGACAGAAAAAAGGAAGAAGAAACUCCAUCAUCUCUUGUCCAAAAGCUUGAGGAGUCAGGAAACGAUGGGUCCUCUGCAGCCAUUCCAACACAUGGAAGGGGCAGCACGAGGAAACGCCUGUCCAUGGAGCUCACCUCCAGGUUUGAGUCAGGUGGUCUGUCUCUGCCCCCCCAACCCAUUAAACCAACAAAACCCAUCUCUACAACCAACACUAAGGAUGAGUCAAAAAAGCCAGCAUCUUCCCAACCAGAGCAGAACCAGGCAAUACCAGAGCCAUCGAACAGGGAGAGUGACGAAGGAGGACCGUCGGAGGAUUAUCACGGAGGAGGCAGUAUAAAACGCAGAAUCAGUCUUCUGUUUGACUCGUCGUCGAGGCCGGAGAUCAUGACGAAGAGAGAGGAGCCAGAAAUAAUAAACGGCACAGGAGGCGUGAAGGAACGAAUCAAAAACUGGGCAACAGAAUCAAGCUCUGAGGGGCCAAAGACAGAGAAGAAGCCUCAGGUUGCACCCCGAUCUCGCUCCAAGAGCUCUGAACCUGCAGCUGCUCCAGCAGCCGAGAAAGCCCCCCAAAUCCCAACUGUUGAGCAUCCUGCAGUAGAGACGUCACCUUCUCUGCCUGUGGAUCCACUUUCAAAGGUGUCAUCUGCUGGACAACCAACAGAGACCCCACUGGAAACAUCGAAAGACAAUCUGACCGAGGAUAAAUCAGUAGAAAGCCCGACAGAGACGCCAGGAGAGCAAAACAAAUCAUCAAAAGGUGAUGUCCAGCCACGUAGUCGUAGCCCAUCUGCAAGCCAAGCUUCCAACCAUGAGGGCGACUCAGCCGCGAGUGAAAGCGCUGAACCCGCACUAAAGAGGAACAACGUCAAACGUCGCUCUGUUCGCUUCGGUAUCGUGGAGAGAGAUGAUGGAGGGCCUCCACUUAUCCUGGGCUCAGCGUCUGACUCCAGUUCAGAAGAAGAAGAAGAGGCUCGUGACGAUGAAACAGAUGAGGACGUCCCCGUUUCUGUCCCCGUUUCAGUGCCUGUCUAUAAAAGAGUAGGAAUUUUUCAGAGCAAGGAUGAUGAGAGCCAACGAGAAGAAGAAGAAGAGGAAAGACUGAAACAUCUGGAAUUUGAAAAAAGACGAAGAGCAGAGGAGCACGAACAGGCGAAGCUUCAGUUAGAAGAGGAGCAGAAACGUGAAGAAGAGGAAAGGGAGAAGGAAAGAGCAAGACAGAGGGAAGAGCUUCGGCUUCGGGAAGAGGAGAAACAGAGAGAGGCGCUGAGGCAGGAGGAGAUGGAGAGACGGAGAAAGGAGGAGUGGGAGAGAGAACGUUUAGAAGAAGAGGAAAGACAAAUGAAGAGAGCGAGGGAAGAAGAGAUGGAAAGGGAGAGGCAGAUGGAGGCAAUGUUGGAGAGACAGAGAGAGGAGGAAAGAGAGAGGGCAAAGCAGGAGGAGGAGAGACUUAAACAAGAGGAGGAGGAGGAGGAGGAGAGGGAAAAGGAGAGGCUGAAGGAGGAGAAGAGAAAAGAGGAGAAGAUGAGGGAGGAAAGAGAGAGAGAGCGGCUGAGAGAAAACGAGGAGAGGCUGAUUCAUGAACAAGAAGAGCACCGACUGGCGAGGAAACUGGUAGAGGAGGAAAUGAAUAAAGAGAAACAAAGAGAGGAGGAGUGGGAGAAAGAAUGGGUGAAGAAGACAGAGAGGUUGGAAGUAGAAGAAGGAGACAAGGAGAGGGAGAAAGAGAUGGAGCUGAUGAUGAGGGAAAGACAGAGACAGGAGGAAGAGGAGAGAAAAAGAAGGGAGCUUGAGAGGAAAAUGCAGCAGGAACAAGAGGAAGAAAUGGAGAGAAUGAGACAAAUGGAAAAACAAAGGGAGGAAGAGAGAAAGAGACAAAUCGAGAAAGAAAGAUUGGAGGAGCUGGAGAGGAAGAUGCGAGAGGAACUGGAAAGAAAGCAAGCAGAUGAACUUAAAGAGAAGUUCAGAAUAGAGGAGGAGAGAAAAAGAGAAGAACUCGAGUUGACCAGCAGGGAACCAAAGUUGGCGGUGGACCAAGAAGAGCAAAGUCUAAUCAGUUUUGACUCUGAAGAUUUGGCUCAGACGUCAAAAGCACCAUAUUCCCCCUCAACAAAAAUGUACGAGCCCACAGGGAGUCUAAUAGAUGUUGUUUAUGAUGACUUCUCUGUGAAAAAGCCUCAGUUUGAGGUGGAUUUUGAUGAUUUUUCAGUCAAGCCAAGGAAAAGGGGCUCACAGGUGAAACCAGAAAAUACUACCUAUAGUUGGGCAGUUGAUCUUGUGGAUAAAGAGAAGGAGGAGGAGAAGGAGGAGGAGAUGCUGGUGCCCAUGGCUGUCACAUCUCAGGAAUACAACCUAUCAGAGCAGGUGGAAAAGCCUGACAGCCCCGAACCCACACCAGCUCAGGAGGAGGCAAAGGAGGAAGAGGUGGAAGCUGAGGAGGAGGAGGAAGAGGAGGAGGAGGAGGAGAAGCCAAAGGUGGAAGAGCUCAUCUCUGUUGAGAGCAGUGCAGCUUUGAGCUUCCACAUGGGAAAGACGGUUGUGACUUGA